AUGCUUAAUGGGAACAAUUUUUCUGAGUGGAAAGAAAACUUACUUUUCUAUUUGGGGUGCUUAGAACUUGAUUUGGUGCUCCGUGAGGACGAACCACCUGCCCUCACGGAUACUAGUACGCCAUUAGAAGUUACGAAGCAUGAGAGGUGGGAGCGAUCUAAUCGCCUAAGUCUCAUAUUUAUGAAGUCUCACGUAACUAAAGGCAUUAGGGGUUCUAUCCCUGAAUGCAAAAAGGCAACAAAGUUCAUGCGGGCUGUUGAGGAACAAUUUGUAAGUUCCGGUAAGGCAUUGGCAAACACCCUAAUGAAGAAACUCUCAAGCAAAACCUUUGACAGAUCCAAAAGUGUGCGAGAGCACAUUAUGGAAAUGAGGCACAUGGCAGCUCAACUGAAGUCCCUAGAGGAGGAGGAAAGGCUAAAGCAGGAGAAACCACAGAGUGUUCACUUUGUGGCUACUUAUGAUAAGGGAAAGAGUAAAAGAGGGUUUUCUCAACACAAGGAAACCGACAAGCAAUGA